UCGGCAUCCGAUUUCCGGCUGUUCUAUAGUUUUGGUUGGUAACUAUCGGUACGGUCACUGUCCGAUUAGCAGGGAGUCAAAUGGCUAAAGUGGAGCUGGCACCGCUUAGACCAUGGGGCGACUUCUUCCCCGGCUCGGACAGAUUCGCUAAACCGGAUGGCAAAGAUUUGGCGAAAUGGAACAACCGAGUUGUCAGCAAUCUGCUUUACUAUCAAACAAAUUAUUUGGCUUUGGCCAUCGUUGUUUUCCUCGUUGUAGGGUUCCUGAACCCCGUGGGGAUGUUAACAGCCAUGGUCGUGGUGUCGAGCGUCUUCCUGGGUUCAGUGUGGGCCGGAGAGAACCGAGCUGUGAUCAGCAACUUCAAGAAGAAAAAUCCCACAGCGUUUGUGAUCGCCGUCAUGGUCGCAAGCUACAUCUUAAUCUCUAUGCUGGGAAGCGUCAUGGUGUUUAUGACUGCAAUCACUUUACCUCUGGCUUUGGUAUUUGCACAUGCUUCCUUUCGCCUCCGCAACAUGAAAAAUAAGCUGGAGAACAAAAUCGAAGGAGCCGGACUGAAGAGGUCACCGAUGGGCAUUUUGCUGGAAGCUCUCGAUCAGCAAGAGGAGAGUAUUCAAAAGAUCCAGAGCUUUCUGGAGGGAAAACUGAAAGAGUGAUUGGACUUCAUGCACACGUUCUUCAUUUGACCAAAGAUCUUGACCUUUAUUCUUGGAUUUCUCUGUCUAAAUCUCCUGAAGUUAGUUUCUUACACAGUAUGUUCACAAGUGUGUGUGUUUUGAAAAGAGAGCUUGUAAUCUGAAAGGGCUUCGUCCUAACCUCAGGGUAUCUGUCACUCCACUCAGAACUUGUCAGGGCACUUUUCUUUCUCACUUCUCUGCUAUGCAGUGUCAGUGUUUCUGUGCACCACAGCUGCAGACUGCUUCUUAGGUAUGAAAUCUGUGUUUAAUGAGUUUCAGAAACAGCCAGCGGCCCUGCCAGUUUACGCUUAGAAUAAUAUGAAUUAUGUCUCCUUGCAGAAAAUCUAAGUUUUAAGUAUGUCGUUGAAUAGAAACCAAGCGACCAUAUGUUCAUGCAGAUCAAAAUAGAAAACACUGCUUUGGAUUAUGAAAUACAUGUGACUCCAAACACUGAUCACUGUGUCAGUAUUUAAAAUGAAGACUUCAGAGGAGUUUGAGGUCUUACCCCAUGGCCAUCAGUAUUCCUCCUGCACCUCUUGACUGUUUAAUCUUGACAAUGCCCCCUGGGUGACGGAUUGGCUAACUCUGCGUUCCUCUCCACUUACACCAAUGCUAAUCAAAGGGCUGCAGUAGAUUAUAGUGUGGAGAGCUGAGCGCUGCACAGUGACAGAGUGGAUUCAUGUGCACAUCUCUGGGUCAGCUCCUUUUUGAUUUAUUUAUUGGAUUCCAUUUGAAAUCGACUGCAGAUAAGGGGAAUCCCUGUGGAACAUAAUGCUCUGUUAUUUGGUUACGUGGCAGCGUGUAAGGAUUGGGGGAAACAUGAAGAUAAGAAUGAUCAUCAAAAAGUAAUCACUUUGGGGUGCUAUUCUUAAAAACAUGUCCACAUUAGCCCUUUGCUUUCAAAAUGACUCAAAUCCAUUUCAGACAGUAUCAUUUAUCUCUUGGGUAUGCAUGGUAUUUUUACAAUGAGCCCUAUCAAUGACCUGUGCACACUCCGGUAGAAGAGUAAUUCAGUGGCACUCCAGUUCAACUUGACUUGAGCUGCAAGAUAGGUAACUAGGACUACAGUUGUAAAUUAGCCAACUGGCACAUUUACAGAAAUGUUGAUUAAUGUGCAUUGUCCUAAUCAGAUAAAUAAAUCUACAUCUGCAAGGCGUUGCCCCUCCGUGCUACAGCAGUGAUUUAUGCCCUCUCCUGCUUAGCCUCAUCUGCAUCCAUAUUGUGCAACUUGGAAGGAGUAAACACAACUGGUGGCAAUAAACUCAAGUAAAGUCAUGUCUCUCAGGGCACAUUGGAGGCCCUUGUUCAGCCGCAGCUGCUGGAAGCAUCCUACCUGUGUGUGUAUAUGUGUGUGUGUUUGUAUUUGAGGUUUUCUCCUCAACUCAUGUGUAAUACAGGAGGGGAAGUUACACACAUACAAAACAACACUCAACCUUUCCAGUGUUUUUGCAUGAAUCAACACAACAACACUGAACUCAUGUCAUUUUGAAACAACCAUAAUUGCGUUCAAAGGUAAUUUUAAGUGAGGCAACAGAAGUCGGUGGAUGCGACACAAAAACAAACCUGUGUACUGUUUCUGCACUUGCUGCUAAGUAACAGCACGGUUCUCAUUGUGCAGGGUGCUGGACUUGCAACAUCUUGCCUCCUGUUUAGUUUCCACAACA